CCCUGCAGUUUGGUAAAUUAAUGUUUGUUCUGCUCUGCCCACAAGAACAAUGCAAGUCACUUCUACAAAUGACUAGACUCAGGCUGAUUCUGUUAAGCGUCUUCACGACUUUCAUGACCUUCAACCUCGUCUCAGGCGCGAGCUCUGACUUCAAAGUCACUUGCGGUUACAACAUGAGUGGAGGGACCCCCCUGAGUGUGAUAACAUCCAGAAGCAUGUCUGCUCUAUUUUGUUCCCUCCAGUGUGUUAAUGAAUGUAGCAGUGCUACCUACAGCCUGACGUACCAGACCUGUAUCACUUUUAAAGAAAAGUUUCAUAACCUCACGUGGACUCAAGCUCAGGACUGGUGUAUGAUGUAUAAAGUUGAAGCAAUUUCAGUCACUAACUGGACACUGGUAUUCAGAGCACAAAGUGGAAUAAAUGUUUCAUUCUACGACUUAUGGGAAACUAAUGGCCAUCAUGAUGACCUUUCAAUGUCCAGUGACUUCCCAAUUGGAUGUUACAGAUUGGACAACCUGGGUAAUUGCAAGAGACAUUUUAGAAGCUAUGUACUGGACAACUGGACAAAUAUUGACCAGAUUAAAAUAUCUGUUUAUGUCAACGGUUCUGAAACUGCUUAUAUGAUCUUCAAUGGCUCGGCGAGCGACAGACAGUCUUGGUUCAGCCGGACAUUUCUUGUCAGCUCCUACUGGACGUUUUUGGCUAACGACACUCAGGUGUUUUGGUUUAGUUUUCAAGGAGAAACCGCCAACGGCCUCUCACGCCGUUUCCUUAUAUUCAGCUAUUACUGGAAUUGCUGGACCGACUCAUUGUACUUCAUGGCAAUAGACUCCGCUUACGAAUCGUGUAGCCCCUAUUGGGGCCCCAUCCCAAGCUACCCAAUGUUUUUCUACUCCCCUGUGAAGCAGAUGGUGAGGCCAAGCGCACAGCCUCCAGAAUACAGACUAGCGGAUUUUCUGGCAGUUUUCAUCAAUCAGAAGUCAUAGAGCUGGAGUGUUGUACAACUUAGAGAGAAACAAAAAAUAGAAGCAGAAAGA